AUGGACGGGCAGACCCGCGCCGGGGUCGCGCUGGUCCCGGGGCCGAGCGGCCACGGGCCUUCCUCCCGCCGCCGCCGCCGCCGCCGCCCGGGGCUGCUGCUCCCCGGCCUCUGGCUGCUGCUGCUGGCCCGGCCGGCCUCGUGCGCCCCAGACGAGCUCUCUGUGGAGCGGCACACCCUGUCUUGGCCCUCCGCGGAGCACCCGCUGAAGGAGAGCGCCGCGCACAGCACUGCACACGUGGCCUUAAGGGAGACUGCCCCAGCGUCCCCGCCGAGCAGUCCUCUCCACCGCAUGUCCUCUCCACCCACUGCUACUUUUGAUACAGCCUUUUUUAGCCAAGGAAAACUGACCCAAAGUUCAGCAGAUCACAGCAUCUUUGUGGCAAAUUCCGUGUCAGUGACGCGCAACGAGGUGGUCAUAGAUGACGAUGAAAUGGAUAACUUUUUGCCAGAAACUCAGUGGGCCACCUCCCGCGUGGUCUCUCCGAUACAGUACGUCACAGUCAGCCCCCCGGGGCUGCCCCAGGAAACAGCAGGCUCCGUGCUGACGCCACCAUUGCCCACUGUUCCUUCACAAGAGGAAGAAGUGACAUCCGCCUGGCAAGACACAACGCAGCAACCGACAGCGCGUGCCGAGUCCCCCAGUCAUUGCAGUGUUUUUCCAUCAACUUUUCUCACUUCCGAGGCCAUGAUUCCAACCCCUAGUAGGAAUUUGGUGCUUUAUCCUACUGACCCGUAUGGACGCUCAUCAAGCAGGACUUCGCUGGAGGUCGUGGCUUCAGGAACAGAGGGCGUAGAAACCCUCCUUUUUAGCUCCACAUCUUCAGUGCCUCAGCCGUCAGGCGAUGGCCUCACUCAGCCAUUCCCCCGCUCCGGGGAGGCCUCAGCGCCUCCAGAGGAUGUGCUGGCCCCGGGUACACACAGGUACCCCGAUGGGACCACUGCUUUGAGUCAGAGUCUAAAAGAAACCAUCUCUCCAAGAACAUCUCCAACUGCAGCCAUAUCCCAGACGGCCCUUGCUUUUAGCAGAGGCUGCAGCAUAAAUUCCGCUUUGUUUUCAAGUCCUCUUGCAUUUGUGUCCUUUUCUCCUCAGUCAGCUGAUGUUUCAUAUGACCCCGCUCUUCCUGGCAAUUCCCGGGAAGCAUCCGAAUUGCCUGGCAGUUCAGUGGUCCCAGAUCAUGCGGACGACACCCCUGCCUGGAGCCCGGCGUCUCCAUCCAGACCGUACACGUGGUGCGGGUCCUGCUCGAUGGCAUCACCGCGGCACGUUCUGUCCACGAGCCUCGUGGAGAAAGACGCGGGGUCAGGGGACAGUGCUGAGACCAUGACCGUAUGGGAAGCGAGCAGCGUCUCUCCAUCGAGCAGCAUCUCUCCCCCGAGCAGCAUAGCAGAGGACUUCUCUGAAUUUGAGGAAGAUCCUCAAGAAUAUAACCUACUUUUCCCCUCAAGACCAAUAGUUCCACUUUCCUCGCGGUUUGUGGAAGUCUCAGGAACAAGCGUGGGUCUUUCGGCCGCGGGGGACGUGAGGAGCGUCGGGAUCACACAAGUGUAUCCUUCGCACGGCCCCUCCCCGCCAGUGUCACUCGAUCCUGCUUCCUCUGGCUCCGUCUCUGCCGUUGAAACUCAAGUAAUGCCGCCCGGUGUGACAGCUGUGCUUCUCUCGGCCAUCCCUGGUGUUCUCCUUGACUCGUCUUUCUCCGCCACGGCCUACAAAAACGCGCCAUCACUUGCUUCCAGAGACCCAACUCCUUUUACGUCUUACGGUUUGGAGCCUUCCGUAGAGGCUCCGCUUUCCCCUGCCCGAGAACCCCCCAGUGUUUCCCAACACGAAACCAGAAGCAUUUUGGGGUUUGCAUCCAGCUUUUUCUCAACUCCACCGCUGGAAUUCAGCACCUCGGCCCCUUGGUCUUCAGAAGUACUUGCGUCUCCACCUCCGACGUCAAGGGACCUGUCGACCAUCCUUCCUCAGGCCUUUCCCACCUUGGUUGAGACACUUACGUUGUCCGACUCUCUCAAUCUGCAGUCACCUCCGCUCCCUGUUCCUAAUUCCACAAACCUUGACUUCUCUCCGCUCUGGCCGAGUUCAGACCUUCUUUUAAGUGCAUCCACUUUUCUACCUAGCUACUCUGAAAUGUCACUUCUCUCAAGCUUCUACUCCACGUCUCUCACGCUCUCUGAAGCAGCCACCGUCUCCCCGGCAGAUUCUGAAGCUCAUUAUACCUCAGUUUUCACGGAAACUACCUCCUAUUUUGAGUUUUCACUCGUGCCCCACGAAUCUGCGGUCCCCACUCGGGUGGCCUCCAGCUCUGAGCCCGUCCUUGACCUUUCGACUGCUGGAGCGCACUCAGCGUCACUUCUGACUGCUUUUCAGACAACGCCCCCUUUAACGGAGUCAUCUCUCUUUUCAACUCCAGCACCUUCCGACGGGGAUAUCAGUGCUAUGGAUGACCACACGUCUGUCUUACCCUCUCUCUCCACGGUCAUUCCUACCCCCACAAUAGUGGUCGUCGCCGUGUCCCCGUCCUCAGCAUCCUCAGCUGUUUCUGAAGUGGUCCCCUCGCCUGUACCGACAGAGCCUGUAUUUGUGGGCCCGUCGUUCACACCCACAGAUUUGCCGAUGAACACAACCACUGAGCUGAGCACGUCUCCUGCCAGCACUGCUCCCGACGAUGCUGUCGACGUCACCCUGAACGGCAUCCCUGAGAGUCAGAAUCCCCACGAGGGCAGCACAGCCCUUCCCUCGCCGUCCCUUCGUCCUGUGUCCACCUCCACUCCCGAGGCCGCGGUUACUGCUCCGGCAGUGGUCCCCACCAGGCCGCCGUACGUGUGCGAUAUCACCAUUCCUGAUGCCUAUUUGAUCACAACUGUGCUGGCCAGAAGAGCCGUGCAGGAGUACAUCAUUACGUCCAUCAAGGAGGUGCUGAGAAUUCACUUCAACCGCGCCGUGGAGCUCAAGGUUUAUGAACUAUUCGCUGACUUCACUUUUCUGGUAACAUCUGGUCCUUUCGUUUACACGGCAAUAUCAGUCAUAAAUGUGCUUAUAAAUAGUAAACUUGUACGUGACCAAACUCCUUUAAUCCUGGCUGUGAAACCUUCCUUCCUUGUGCCGGAGUCCAGGUUCCAAGUUCAAACGGUCCUUCAGUUUGUGCCUCCGAGUGUGGAUACUGGCUUCUGCAAUUUCACCCAGCGCAUCGAGAAAGGCCUGAUGAUAGCGCUCUCCGAAGUGAGGAAACACCACCAGGGCACGUAUAACCUCACGGUGCAGAUCCUGAAUAUCACUGUGGGCUCUCCCAGGGCGGCGCCUCGCCGGGGCCCCGUGAACAUCGUCUUCGCUGUUAAAGGCACGCAGGGGUUCUGGAACGGGACGCAAGUGAGCGAGCUGCUCAGGAACCUGAGUGUGGUGGAGUUCAGUUUCUAUCUGGGGUACCCGGUGCUCCAGAUCGCCGAACCCUUCCAGUACCCGCAGCUCAACCUGUCUCAGUUGUUGAAGUCCUCUUGGGUAAGAACAGUGCUCCUGGGCGUCGUGGAGAAGCAGCUCCAGAAUGAAGUGUUUCAAGCUGAGAUGGAGCGCAAACUGGCCCAGCUGCUGAGCGAGGUUUCCACCCGGAGGCGGAUGUGGAGAAGGGCCACCGUGGCUGCCGGGAACCGCGUGGUGCAGGUGGUAAACGUGUCGCGGCUGGAGGGAGAUGACGAUCCCGUGCAGCUCGUCUACUUUGUGGAGGAUCAAGACGGGGAAAGACUCAGCGCAGUCAAGUCUUCAGACCUGAUCAACAAGAUAGACAUCCAGAGAGCGGCCAUUAUCUUGGGUUACCGAAUCCAAGGCGCCGUUGCCCAACCCGUGGACCGGGUGAAGAGGCCGUCGCCGGAGUCCCAGAGCAACAACCUCUGGGUCAUCGUCGGCGUGGUCAUCCCCGUGCUGGUGGUCAUGGUGAUCGUCGUCAUCCUCUACUGGAAACUCUGCCGCACAGACAAGUUGGACUUCCAGCCGGACGCCGUGGCCAACAUUCAGCAGCGUCAGAAGUUGCAGAUCCCCAGCGUGAAGGGGUUUGAUUUCGCCAAGCAGCACCUGGGGCAGCACAACAAGGACGACAUCCUGAUUAUUCACGAGCCCGCUCCGCCGCCGGGGCCCGGGAAGGACCACACCACGCCGUCCGAAAACGGAGAUGUCCCGAGCCCCAAGGCCAAGGUCCCCGCCAAGAACGUCCGCCAUCGAGGAAGAGUUUCGCCCUCAGAUGCUGACUCUACCGUAAGUGAAGAGUCCAGUGAGAGGGAAGCGGGAGAUAAGACGCCGGGCGCGGUGAAUGACGGGCCACCACCACCCAGUUCAGGGAACGAGCAGCACUCCUCUGCCUCCAUCUUUGAGCACGUGGACAGGAUCUCGCGCUCCUCCGAGGCCAGCCGGCGGGUCCCCAGUAAGAUCCAGCUGAUCGCCAUGCAGCCCAUCCCCGCACCUCCAGUCCACCACCCCGUCCUGGCCGACCGAGUGGCAGAAACCAACAAAAUUAACAAAGAGAUUCAGACAGCACUGCGGCACAAGUCCGAGAUCGAGCACCAUCGGAACAAGAUCCGGCUCCGUGCCAAGCGCCGCGGCCACUACGAGUUCCCGGUGGUGGACGACCUGUCGUCGGGGGACACGCGGGAGCGGCACCGGGUGUACCGCAGGGCGCAGAUGCAGAUCGACAAGAUCCUGGACCCCACGGCCAGCGUGCCCUCGGUGUUCAUAGAGCCCAGGAAGAGCUCGCGGAUAAAACGUUCCCCUAAGGCCCGCCGGAAGCACCAGGUCAACGGCUGCCCCGGAGACGCCGAGAAGGACAGGCUCAUCACCACAGACAGCGACGGCACUUACAAGAGGCCCCCCGGCGUCCACAACUCCGCCUACAUUGGCUGCCCAUCCGACCCCGACCUCCCUGCAGACGUGCAGACGCCGUCUUCUGCUGAGCUGGGCCGGUACCCAGGCCUGCCCUUCCCGGCCCCGCAGUACAUCCCGCCCCAGCCGUCCAUUGAGGAGGCGCGCCAGACCAUGCACUCCCUCCUGGACGACGCUUUCGCCCUCGUGGCCCCCAGCAGCCAGCCCGCCAACGCUGCUGCGGGCCCUGGGGUCCCAGCUGGCCUGCCCGUGAACAGCACCCCUUCCCGGGAAGAGAGACGAGCCGCCCAGUGGGGCUCCUUCUACAGCCCAGCUCAGAUGGCCAACAACCCAUGCAGCAGAUAUGACGACUAUGGAAUGACUCCCCCGUCAGGCCCAUUGCCAAGACCCGGUUUUGGCCCUGGUUUGCUGCAGUCUUCGGAGCUGGUGCCUCCCGAGCCCCAGCAGCCACAGGCAUCGGCUGAAGCCCCGUUUGUUGCCCGAGGGAUCUACUCUGAGGACAUGCCAUCGGUGGCCCGGCCCCGGCCUGUCGGGGGCACCACAGGCUCCCAGAUUCAGCACCUGACCCAGGUGGGGCUUGCGAGCAGGAUCGGAGCUCAGCCGGCGGAGGUCCCUCCAAGCAGAGGCGGCCAGUGCGGGGGACCAGGCUGGCCUUCGUACGGGGAGGACGAGGCGGGCCGGAGAGAGGCCACACACAUGCUCGGACAUCAGGAGUACUCUUCACCGCUGUUCCAGGUGCCAAGGACUUCGGGCAGGGAGCCCUCGGCUCCUCCCGGGAACGCCCCGCACAGGGGGCUGCAGGGCGCCGGGCUGGCCUAUGCCACCAGCUCCACGGAGGACCUCCAGCCCGGCCACUCCUCCACUUCGCUCAUCAAGGCCAUCCGUGAGGAGCUCCUGCGGCUCUCCCAAAAACAGACCGCCGUGCACAACUUCCACAGCUGAUGGGCCUCGCCUUGCAUUUUGCCAAGUAUCCGCUUCCCGUGGAAGCAAGACUCAAAGGAAACCGGCCUAAGGGAUGUCAGGAAGAGGGCCAGCGCCUCCGGGGCUGGGGGCCGCGGAAGGGAGCAAGUUGCAAUCUGAGAAGAUGCCAGAUGCCAUAAGUCACGUGACAGCGCGCGAGGCUUUUACUGAGUUGGCGAUGCUGUGACCAUUUGGGUUCGGUCGAGAUUUCUGGACUCCUGGCCAAAAGCCAGCAGCACUUCACGAAAGACAAACCGCAAACCUAAGCUAACGGAGUUUCUUAGUUAGUCCCCUUUUUCAAGGCAAAAGAUGAAAAUGUAUAGAACGUAUAGGGCCGACAGGAGUCCAGCAUUUCCGUGCGAAGACGUGUUUGAGGCUGGUUUGUACGGUGAACCUGCUGCUUUGUUUUCUGAGAAAAGAGAUUUGAAGACAUUUUAUUAACAGCUUAUUUUCCUCUUUUUCUCCAUAGGAACUUGUUUUACUAGUAAUAUUAACAACAAGGAUACUAAGACUGUUCGGGGAUUUAAAAAGCUACUAGUGAGAAACCAAAUGAUAGAUGUAGAGCCUGAUGAUUCCACACGAAGCCAUCAUCUGCAUUUUCCCUUCUACUUCUGGUGCUACCGCUCCAAGCGCCCUCCCCCUUUGUGUCUGUGAAAUGCAACUUUGGCUUUUCCAAUGGAAGAAUAUGUUGAAGGCGUCAUUUUGUUCUAGAAAGGGGGGGAAAAAAACCACUCCCAAAAGAGGGGGGAAAGCUAAAUAUUUAUUUGGUUAUUCAAAAUACAUAUCAGAGUUUAGAUUUACAUUCUUAAUUGUAUUUGCUGGUUUUUAAUUGGGCAGGUGGGACUCGCGAGAGCAUCCCACGUCAGCACAUGUCCUCUUCAAGGCCAGUCCUACAGAAUGAGGCUUUCAGGAGGCCCUAACCGGUCCUGGCGCUUUGCCGAUGAAUUGCUCACCAAUUAUGUGUGAAUGAGAAACGGUACAUAAGCAACAAUGACGUUUAAGCAUUCCUAGGGCCGCCACAUAGCGAUUCGUGACUACGUUCCUAGUGAUCACAUUCUCUGUAUGUUCAAGACCUAGAAAUGAAGCUGAGUUCUCGCCAGCCUCUGAACCGGGAAACGUGAAGAGGAGCUUUGGGAACAAGGGAAGGGAGAGGGCCGCUCCUACCGUCUGAUUUCGUUGUGCGUGACUCUGCUGAGUGACUGCUGAAGGCGUCUGUGUGCUGUGGGCCUGACAGAGGGUGUCAUCU